AGAGAGAAUAAAUAAACAUAGCAUUAACUCAUUCUCUCCCUCAGCAACUCUUCAAUCAAUAUUCAGAGGAAAGACGAUGACUUCUUCUGAUCAAUCUCCGUCGCACAAUGUCUUCGUUUACGGCAGUUUCCAGGAGCCAGCCGUCGCCGGUUUGAUCCUCGAAUGCACUCCGGUCAUCGUCUCAGCUCAACUCCAAGGCUUUCACGUGUAUAGACUGAAAGGACGUUUGCAUGCAUGUAUUUCUCCUUCUGAGAACGGAGUUAUCAACGGAAAGGUACUAACAGGAUUAACAGAUGCUCAGCUAGAGAAUUUAGAUGUGAUCGAAGGAGUUGAGUACGUGAGGAAGACUGUUGAAGUUGUAUUGACUGACACUUCGGAGAAGAUGCAAGUGGAAACUUUUAUAUGGGCCAACAAAGAUGAUCCUGACAUUUAUGGAGAAUGGGAUUUCGAGGAGUGGAGGCGGCUUCACAUGGAGAAGUUCAUAGAGGCUUCGAAGAAAUUCAUCGAAUGGAAGAAGAAUCCAGAUGGGAAAACAAGGGAAGAGUUUGAGAAAUUCGUACACGAAGAUCCUCCCACAGCUUGAAGGAUUUUGUCUGCUUUUAUCUAUCUUUAUGUCUUGUUUUUUCCAAUCAAGAUUUGUAGAAUCAAUUCUCUUUAUCUAAUAAUCUACUGCAAAUAAAAGGGCCUCACUUCAAAGGCAAUAAGAGCUUUGCGAGUUAGGA